GUCUGUCAAGUUCACACAUGAAGUCUUAUAACUUGAUUACCCCAAAUAAAUAACUAAUAAUAUCCAGACUGAUUCUUACACACAAAAAGCAAUGAAAACACCAUCCACAGCUUAAUGAUCCCUUUUCUAGCUACUCACCGGUCAAUUGGACCUCAUAGAAAAGAAUAUUAAUACAGUGUGAAGCUACACACAGCAGACAUGUAGCUUAAUUUAGCGCACAAAGUCCAAAAACUGGAGGCAUCAUGGUGGUGACAUUUGCCUACUAGCACCUGUAAAGCUCACUGAUUAUUAUUAUAUGCCUUAUUUAUCUAUGUUGUUUGUUUGAAGAUAUAGAAACACAGGUGAGCUUUUGUAAAGUGUGUCAGUUGUCUGGCAGCCUCACUUAACCAACAGUACAGUGAAGCAUGCAGUGUUUCUGUCUUAAAACUAAACUAUGAUAACUGACUGAGAUAAUAAGACUGUUGUAAUAUUUUGUCAGUUACUUUAAGUGGUUAGAGUGACUACCAUCUAUAUCUGAGAAGCAUCAGUACACACAUCACAGUCAUGCCACUGCCACAAAUAUUAUGCCGUGAGGCUGUAAAACAAGGAAAUCUCCAGAGGGAAUUAUAUAUUUGACUUACGCUACCAUUCAAAAGUCUACUGUCACCCAAACAAGUUCAUGAUUUCCAUGAAAACUCACACUUUUAUUCAUGUGCUAACAUAAUUACACAAGGGUUUUCUAAUCAUUGGUGAGCCUUUCAUCACCAUUAGUUAACACAAUGUAGCAUUAGAACGCAGGAGUGAUGGUUGCUGGAAAUGUUCCUCUGUACCCCUAUGGAGAUAUUCCAUUAAGAAUCAGCUGUUUCCAGAUAGAAUAGUCAUUUAGCACAUUAACGAUGUCUACACUGGAUUUCUGAUUCAUUUAAUGUUAUCUUCAUUGAAAAAAAAACAGUUUCUCUUUAAAAAAUAAGGACAUUUCUAAGUGACAAGAUCCAAUUAUAAGCAGCUUUUCUGAACCGUGAAAUAAUAUCCCAAUAUAUUUCAUCAGUUAUAUCAUAUUAUUUACAAUGAGUUUAUUCUGUGAUUGGAAUGAUAGUUAUUUAAAGCUACUACACCAUUUUUGCAUUUGUAAAAAACAAACAAAAUAUUUUUAUUUUUAUCCAACACAUGCACACAGUCUCUGUUGUAAUAUUUAAUGCUAAAUCAGAAUGGAGGAAAAGUGUUAUUUUUGUCAAAUUAUUUUGUUGUUUUUCUUGAACUGUUUCUGCUGCCAAACCAGGGAUCACUGUCUUAAAACUUUGUCUCCUUUAGCUUUCACUGGAUAUGUUCUAUUGCUUUUUAAUGCUGUCUGAGUGACUUCUGUUUGAUGUUCUCGGACUUCAGGGCACCUUUUUUUCCUAGCAUGUCUCCUCAUGCUCUCUGUAUUUAUGUUUGACUUUAAUCUACAAUUUCAGGAAAGGACCAUAAAUAUCUCUUCAUGGGCACUAUAUCGUGUUGUUGUUGUAGCCAGUUAGCAUUGCCUUCUUCAGACAAUGAUGACAUUGUCCAAGUUUGACUGAAAAACUGCUCAGAAAGGCGGGCUUUACAAUGGUGACAUUAUUCCUCUCCACCUCAUUUGUCUUGUCUUUUUUAAGUGAUUUUCACAUUUCCAAAUGGCAGAAUAUAUCUGUUGUUGGGUUGUGAUAAAAGCCUGACUGGUUGUCUGAUUCUGGUACCAGAACUCCAAGGGGUAAUUCUCUGUCUAAUUUAAGGUUCAAGGUUCCAGGAAUAAACACAAUGCAGCGUUUGCCAAUCUACAAAUCUGGCUGCAUUCUGGCAGGUGGAUUAGGUUACCCAACAAUACAAACCUAAUGCGGAUAUGAACAAAUAAGCUAUGUAUUGCCGUCCAGACCAGCAGCUUGCACGGGGAAAAGGAGUUUUUACAUUCAUGCGUGCAAGUGGGUUUCUCAAUUUUAAUAGGCCUAACGUUGAGACAUUUUCCAAUAAGAUUAGAAGUUCAGUUUUUAGUUCACAAAGACGACUUGUAGACAACUGAACCGAUUCCAUAAUCGCCCUGUCCAACUCUGGAACACCCAAAUCCUUGAACCAGGACUUUGCUCACUUCACUCAGUGGUUUGAUUCUGUAGAAGCAAGGACAGUUGCCUUUUGAUUCCUUUUUUUAUUGGUCACAUCUUAGAUUUUUAAUAUUUUUUUGUGGUACGCUCCCAGUCGUUUUUGAUCCUUCAGCAGAUACUUUUACUUUUCUACUUUGUAACUUCAACACUUGGGCAUCGCUGUACGCUUCACGCUUUGAGCCAGGAUGGAUGAAAUCAGUCGGCUGUUUGGCUCUAUAGGACGCGUCCGCAGCGACAGCAAUUCCAGCGAUGCCACGCAGUCAACUGGGAGCAAACUGGUUUUACGCCAUCGGCUCAGUCAGCUGAUGACCUGCGUGGAUGACUUGGACUCCAAACACGAGCUUCACGAGAAGGUGAUCAAGACCCUGGAUAACGCCUUCCUCGUCUGUGGCAAGAGGGCCAACAAGCCGAAAAAGGACAGCUUCAGGCUUCACAUGGUGACAUGGAACGUGGCCACUGCCGACCCUCCAGAUGACGUGACCUCACUUCUCCACCUGAGCUCCCCAAAGAGCCCAGACCUUUAUGUCAUCGGUCUGCAGGAAGUGUACUCUGGGCCUUUGAGAUUCGUGUCAGAUGUAGUGUUCGAUGAUCCAUGGACUCAACUGUUUAUGUCCAUCUUAGCGCCGCGGAAUUAUGUCAAGGUGUCGUCCAUGAGAAUGCAGGGUCUGCUGCUGCUCUUCUUCUCCAAACUGGAGCACGUCCCCUUCAUCAGAGACAUCCAGGCUACUUAUACACGCACUGGCAUUUUCGGAUACUGGGGUAACAAAGGUGGCGUGUCCAUCCGUCUGUCCUUCUACGGCCACAUGCUCUGCUUCCUCAACUGCCACUUGGCUGCUCACAUGAAAUAUGCCUCAGAGAGAGUGGAUGAGUUCGAGUACAUCAUGAACACGCAGACAUUUGACUGUAAAAAGGCUCCACAAAUUGUUGAUCACAGACUGCUGUUCUGGUUUGGAGAUCUCAACUUCCGAAUUGAGGACCACGGCAUGCACUUUGUCCGCUCCUGUAUCAACAAGGAAACCUACAGCCUGCUGUGGAGCAAAGACCAGUUGACAAUGAUGAAGAACAAAGAGCAGAUGCUGCAGGAGUUUGAGGAAGGGCCUCUGGACUUUCAGCCCACGUACAAGUUUGACUUAAACUCUGAUACCUAUGACAGCAGGCUCUACAAGACAUGGUUUGGCUUUAACGGUAAGAAGCGUAAACCUGCCUGGACCGACAGGAUUCUGUGGCGGCUCCGACCCAAAGUCUCGCUCCCUGACGAGCAAGAUGGAGACAAGGUUGAACUGGAUGCAAAGAUGCUGAAGCAGUUGGAAGAGGAUGAGGAGUAUCCACUGAAGGUCAGGCAGGACUUGUACACCAGCAACAUGGAGUACAGCAUCAGCGACCACAAGCCUGUCAUUGGUAUCUUCACACUGGAGCUGAGGAAGAUGUACAAGACUCCACUGGUGCGUCUGCAGCCAGAGGGGGACUGGAGCGCAGACAUCGAUGCCAUGGUCGUCUACAGCCCCCUGCAGCCCUUCCCCUCCAGUACCUGGGACUGGAUCGGACUCUACAAGGUUGGAUUCAGCAGUGUGUUGGACUACAUCACCUACGCCUGGGUCAAAGAUGACGAGGUGGCCUUCAAUGAGGAAGUCAUACAGGUGUAUGUAAGUAAAGAGGAAAUCCCUGUGCGUGGAGGAGAGUGUGUGCUGUGCUACUACUGCAGCACUCUGCAGUGCAUCAUUGGAAUUAGCGAACCAUUCACGGUCUUGGAGUCAAAGGUCGCCAUUGAGGAAGGUGUGCUGCCUGAGAGGAUCAAUGCUCUCGACAGAACUGUGGCGAAUGAUGAAUUUUGGAAGUGACCUGUCACAAAUGUGGUAUAAUGUAGAGAUGGAUCCAUCUGAGUGAAGACUGCAUGAACAAAGACGUCGUUUCUCGUAACUGCGUUUCUUAAUCUGCCAGCGAAAGAGCAGAUUAGAAAACGCUGCCAGUUCCCACAGUUGCGCAACCCCACUGACCUCUCUAAUUCUACCGGUGCAGCUGCUCUUCAUUUACUCCUCUGCAGUCACUUUUUUCUGGUCUCUAGGCUCACAUCCUCUGUCUGCAUAUGAACCAGAGGGAAGGUUUGAUUGAACAAUCCUUCGUCGGCUGACUAAAACCCUGACAAUUGGCCUUUUUCACAGCAGAUAUAUUGACUUUAUGAAGAAAGCACAGGUGUUACUAUUAACAUUACCUGCAAUUGUAUCUACAAAGGGUGACCUAGCAACUCCAGGAAGCUCCCUGAAGCUCAAGCAGUUAAAUUGCAUUUGGCCACCAUUAAUUAUAUGAUGUGCACCCGCUCUGCUACUAUGGUGUAAAAAUGUCCCUGUGAAAAAGUAAAUUAGGAUGGUCAGUCAAAUAUAAGUUGGCUUUACAUUCAGGAAAGAGAGGUUUUAUUGUACUGUAUGUAAGAAUGUGAUGCUUUGGUUGGAUAGCAUAUGUUUAGGUUAGACGUGUUGAAGAAUGGAAGGUACAACAUGUUGCAGGAUCUGUACAGGCUGCUGCGUUAUGUGAGGAUGAAGGAAAUAUUGAAUAUUUAAGUUUGGUGAAAACACUCCAGUUAAACUUCACUUGUGUGCUGCAAUUACAAAAAGGAAAAGGGAAAUGCAAAACUAACAACUGGCCGGUUUGUUUACAAGGCACCAGGAUUACACCCGUUUGUUUAUAGAGAAGACAGCGGAGAAUGAGCGGUCAAGCUCCAUUGCUUUCUCAGCAAAUAUGAAGAGAUCUGUAUCCUUGAUGCCAGCCUGAGGUUACACAUCAUCUAUAUGCAUUUUCACAGCAAAGUCAAUAUAAUCCUGGAGCUUAACCGGGAAAUGUCUUUAUUUAAAGCUGCUAACUAUACUUCCCAUGCUCUCAUAUUAGUCAGACUUAAAGCUUUGAUGUUAAACAGGUUAUAGUCAAACAGUCAAAAGCAGAAGCUCCACCUAAAAUAUUUUAGUCACUGUACAUCUCUUACACUUAAUAGCACUGACUUAACACUUUCCAACCCCCCGGUGACCUACUAGUACUGUGAGAGAAGAGGAUAGAAGAUAAAAUAGCUCAGAAUUGGAGGAAAAGUGAUGCUUUGUUUUUCAUGUUUGAUGGUCCUGACCAACACGGGUCCAAGUCUCUGAUAUUCCUUUUAUAAGAUAAUUAUUCCUCUUACAAACAGAACACAGUGUCAUUCUGUCCUUCUUCUUUUCUGCUCCUAUCUUUAAAACAUCUUGUAGUAUUUGGAAAAAAGGAGUUCUUUAUUUAGAAAAAUGUGAGGAAUUUGUCAGUUCUGAUGUUAAUCUGUGUACUGUUGUAAAAACGUUGCUGUAGUAAGUAAGCUGGGUCUAUUGAUAGUUUUAAAUGUUUUCUAUGUUAUUUAAAUUAUUCACAAGGCUCUCAAAGUAUCUGACUAGUGUUUUGAACGGACUGCUCCAGAAAGAUGAGAGAAUGUUCUGCAGCUCUGAUUUUCUCCUCCCAGUAUUUUAACUCCGUAGUUCCUGGAGGACUUGAAAACAGCUUUGUCGUAUAACUUCGCUUUUCUGUGGCUCAUGUCCAGCUUUCUGCCUCUCUGACCUACUGGAGCCUUGCGGUUUUAAAAAUGUGUUAAUCAUUCCUUUUAAUGCUGAUUGUGGCAUCACAGUGAAGCGGAGAACUUAAAGAAAUAUAUAAAUAUUGCACUGUUUAUCGUUCAAGCAAAAGUAUUUAUAGGCUGUGUGUAUUGAGAAAGGAUCUAAAUGUUUUUACUGAGCUACGGGGAUUCAGCAAGUGCCUUUGAAAUGAAUGUCAAUUUACAUUUACUGUACUGUACUCUGCUGCUUCAUUUUGAAACAAUAUGUACCAUUAAUAUUCAUUUCCUAAUUUAUCCUAAUUUGGUCAGAUUUUCACCAACUUUUCUUGAUCUGAAAUCCUCUGAGUUUUAAACAUUGCUGCUCUAAACUUUCAGCCACAUGAAGCUGGCUUCUACUGAAUGCUGUUAGGAUUGGCCUGCUGGAAUCUGUUAUUUUACUAGCCAGUUUAUGUGACAAGUUUUUUUUUUUUUUUAAACUAAAGAAUGGCUUAUUUUCUAAAAAGCAAUGAAAUGUACUGUAAGAAUACCAAGAAAUAUAUAGCUUUGCCACUGCAAAUAUUAAAUAAGUCUCACUUCA